AUACAAGUGUCUUCCUAAAUUCGUCUGCUUUCUCAACGGCGACUUUCCUUAGAAUCUCUCGUCGUUGAUCGAUUCCUCAAUUUCUUUCUUCUCCUACGUUUUUUCAAUGCCGUCUCGUUGAUAAGGUGUAAGGGAGGUGCGCACGAUAAUGGAUGCGCCGCCGCCGCUGUCUUUCGUCUCCAAAGCUAGAACUGCUUUCAAUUCCGCCGCUGCUAAAGCGGAGCGCGUCUUCACUGAUCUUAAAUCCGAUCGAGAGGAGGAGCAGCCAUCGACGAGGAAUGAGAAUGAAUCUAAGGAGGAGGAUGAAGUGAAGACUCAAGGUUGGAGAACUGCACAUAUUAGAAAAAAGCAAGAGUGGCAAAAUAAACUCAAAAACUUGAGAAUUGGGAGGAAAGAAGUCGUUGAAGAUAAAGACAAGGCUGAGGAUUCAACCAUGCUUGCACCUUUCUAUGACCAAAAUUCGCUUAUUCUUAAAGCGCAAGAGCAAGAAGCCAAGGCAUCUGAUGUUGGUAACUUGGUACAAGUUCUAAAUGCUGUUGAUGUGAACAGCAUUCCUCGGGCAUCCAUUGUGAAGCAGCUGGCUGUAGCCAUCGAAGCGGGGAAACUGGCUAAGACUAUGAAAGAGUUUGCUGCAUCUUCUGGAAGUUCAUCACCAGUGAGGGAGAGAGGGGGAUUGAGCCUCUCUGCGGUGAAAUCGAUGGUUCUUGGUGAAAAAGAGGAUAAACUUGGUUUUGAUUCAAGAGACGAGGAAAAACUUGUUUCUCUAAUAAAUUCCAUGUUUAAUGUUGAUGGUAACUUCCUCGUCAGAAUGAUUGUCUCUGAUUUGGAGUCUCCUACCAACAGAGCAUCUUUCGCGAAAGAUCUUCAUGUUGCUCCCCCUAGUAGCUUUGUUGUUAAGCUAGCUGAAGUAAUUGGAAGUUUUACAACACCAAGCAGAAUGGCUUUGUUCUGGUGCAGGGUUGUUGAUGAAUUGAGAAGAUUUUGGAAUGAAAAGAAACACAUACCAUGGAUACCUCUAGACGAGAAUCCUGAUUUAAAAAGUUGCCUACUUCACCAAUGGUUACAAGUUAUAAACUGCUGUCUUGCCAGGAAAGCACGCUUCAUAGCUGCUUCCGAAGCAUUAGAUGCUGUUAUGAGCCAAGCCAGUCUAGCCAAUGAAAAUUCAGAUAUUUCGGAAGCGAUGGGUACUCCAGCUUCUCUUUUGUAUGCUAAAAAUAACACCGGAGAGCUCAUACUACGCCUAGGCGUCCACCACCAAGUUCAGAACUUAACAAUGUUGGAAACUGGUGAACCUGUGUAUGCUCCAAUAACGCAGGAGGGUCCGUUGUUGACAGAAGAUCUUAUUAAAGAAACAGAGGAACUAGUAUUGCGGACAGGGAGCAUGGGGGCUGGGUGUUCUCAACUCUUGUCUGACAUGCAAGCUUUCAAGGCAGCAAAUCCUGGCUGUAUUUUGGAAGAUUUUGUGAGAUGGCAUUCUCCUCCAGAUUGGACUGAAAAUGAUACUUCUUCUGGAGAUGACUCUUCUCCUCUAAGAGGUCAAUUAAGCAUCCGGAUGCAAAAAGAAGGUAAUUUAUGGCGCGAGCUGUGGGAAACAGCUAAACCACUCCCUGCGGUUAAGCAAACACCUCUUUAUGAUGAAGAUUUAGCUGUGGAAGGAAUCUUGAAUUCUUUGGAAGACAUCCCGCCUGCUGAAUUUUUCGAGCAGCUGUUUGUUUCUCUUGUUGCCCUGGGAUUUGUAAUGGUGGAGCCAGUAGUAGCCGCAAACGAUGAUUUGUCAAAGCUUUUCUUCGAGUGCAAGGAUUAUGUAGUCGCGACCUGCCAGGGAGACGCAUGGACCGAUAAGCUUGAUGAUCUUUGCCAGGUGUAUGAAACAGCGGAAACAAUGUUAGUACAUCCAGAAAAGGUGUUGAGAUCAAUGAAGCAAACAGAGGAGUCGCCAUCAGGAGGGAACGAAACAAAACGGCGGUUCAGGCGGCUGAGCUUCAUAUUCCGUGGUAAAGAAGGAAACAAGAAGAGAGUUCCAUCAGAAACUGAACAGAAAAGUACGGGACCGAGCCCGCGGCAGUCUUUCUCUAGUCUUUUUGAUGGAAAGUCGUCUCUGUUUGCAAAGAAACCACCUAGACCUGCUGAAAAUGGGACUCUUGUCUGACUAUUUGCUAUUUUUUAUUUAUUUGUUUCAUCUGUUUUUGAGUUAUUUCUCAAUAUUCUUUUUUUUUGUGCUCUGGGUUUAGUAGGUUGUUAAGUUAAUCAGUUGGUUGAUAACUGUAAAUUUGUAUCAUUCAAAACAUUUCUCAGGGGGGCAACUUAAACUUUUGAUGAAAUGAAAAUGAAUAAGGAUUGUGGC